UGCUGCAACGAUAAAGAUAUGAGUUCAAAUAUAUUUCUAACGCCAGCGGAGAAUGGACUGCGACACGAUAAAAUUGUUAUACUCGAUGCUGGCGCACAGUAUGGCAAGGUAAUUGAUCGCAAAGUGCGCGAACUUUUGGUUGAAUCGGACAUUUUACCGUUGGAUACGCCGGCGGCAACGAUACGUGAUAGCGGCUAUCGUGGCAUCAUCAUAUCCGGCGGACCCAAUUCAGUUUAUGCCGAAGAUGCACCCACUUACGACCCGGAUCUGUUUAAGCUGAAAAUCCCUAUGCUUGGAAUCUGCUAUGGCAUGCAGUUAAUCAACAAAGAAUUCGGCGGCUCUGUCCUCAAAACGGAUCUGCGAGAAGAUGGCCAACAGAAUAUUGAGAUUGAAACGUCAUGCCCGCUGUUUAGUCGCCUGAGCCGCACCCAGGCUGUGCUGCUUACCCAUGGGGAUAGCGUGGAGCGAGUGGGUGAUAAACUUAAAGUCGGUGGCCGGUCAUCGAAUCGCAUUGUGACUGCCAUUUACAAUGAGGUGUUGCGUAUCUAUGGUGUUCAAUUUCAUCCAGAAGUCGAUUUAACCAUCAAUGGCAAACAGAUUCUCUCCAAUUUUCUCUAUGAGAUAUGCGAACUAACUGCGAACUUUACCAUGGGUAGUCGAAAGGAGGAAUGCAUACGCUACAUACGCGAAAAAGUGGGCAAUAACAAAGUGUUGUUACUCGUCAGCGGCGGCGUCGAUUCAAGUGUGUGUGCAGCGCUGCUGCGACGGGCGCUGCAUCCCAGCCAAAUAAUUGCAGUGCAUGUGGAUAAUGGUUUCAUGCGUAAGAACGAAAGCGAACAGGUAGAGCGCUCGUUGCGGGAUAUUGGCAUCGAAUUAAUAGUGCGUAAGGAAGGCUACACGUUCCUCAAGGGUACCACGCAAGUGAAGAGGCCGGGGCAGUAUUCGGUGGUUGAGACGCCCAUGCUCUGCCAGACCUACAAUCCGGAGGAGAAACGUAAAAUAAUUGGUGAUAUAUUCGUUAAGGUGACCAACGAAGUGGUCGCCGAGCUAAAGCUGAAGCCCGAGGAGGUGUUGCUGGCACAGGGCACACUGCGACCCGAUCUAAUUGAGUCCGCCUCGAAUAUGGUCAGCACGAAUGCCGAGACCAUCAAGACGCAUCACAAUGACACGGAUCUGAUUCGGGAGCUGCGCAAUGCUGGACGCGUUGUGGAGCCAUUAAGUGAUUUUCACAAGGACGAGGUACGCGAUCUGGGCAAUGAUCUGGGACUGCCAGCGGAACUGGUCGAGCGACAACCGUUUCCCGGACCCGGCUUAGCUAUACGUGUGCUGUGCGCCGAGGAAGCAUAUAUGGAAAAGGAUUACUCGGAGACACAGGUCAUCGUACGCGUUAUUGUGGACUAUAAGAAUAAGCAGCUGAAGAAUCAUGCGCUAAUUAAUCGGGUAACGGGCGCCACCAGCGAAUCUGAACAAACGGAACUGCUGCGCAUCUCUGCCAAUUCGGAUAUACAGGCCACGCUGUUGCCGGUGCGUUCGGUGGGUGUACAGGGUGAUAAGCGCUCCUACAGCUAUGUGGUUGGCUUGUCAACGACAAGCCCUGAGCCCAACUGGGCGGAUAUGUUAUUUUUGGCCAAAAUUAUACCGCGCAUAUUGCAUAAUGUGAAUCGAGUGUGUUACAUCUUUGGCGAGCCAGUGCAGUAUCUGGUUACGGAUAUAACGCACACAACUCUCAACAAUGUGGUCCUAGCGCAGCUCCGGCAAGCAGAUGCCAUUGCCAACGAUAUAAUUAUGCAAGCGGGCCUGUAUCGAAAAAUCUCACAAAUGCCCGUCGUUCUCAUACCCGUGCACUUUGACCGUGAUCCCAUUAUUCGCACUCCCUCCUGCAGAAGAUCGGUGGUGUUGCGUCCAUUCAUAACGAACGAUUUUAUGACUGGGGUGCCAGUAGUGCCUGGUUCCGCUCAACUGCCAUUACAAGUCCUAAAUCAAAUGGUUCACGAUAUAUCGAAAAUGGAUGGUAUCUCGAGGGUAUUAUACGACUUGACAGCCAAGCCACCGGGCACCACUGAGUGGGAAUGAUGCGUUCAUACCAAAACUUUCAACAGCCAUUUCAUAGAAAUAGAGAUAUGUAGAAACAAUAAGCUGCUGCAUGGUAAAGAACACAAGAGACGCAAGAGACAAUAGCAGGAGAUGCCGCCGCUGCUCGUUCUCAAUCCUGGGAAUAACAAUUAAUAAAUAAACUGAGAGAGCAACUGAGCGUAAAUACAAUAUAGAGUGCCGCUUAGAAAAAAAAAACAAAAAACAACAAAGCAUCAACAACCAAGAAAAAAGAUAAAGAAUAUUAACAAAAAAAAAUUCAGGUUUAUUAUAUCGAUUAUUUUUGUGUAAUUAAAAGUAACGCGAUACGAUGUCAAACAAACAGAAAAUAACACCAGACGUCAAAAUAAUAUUGGCAUAUAUAUUAAAAGUAAACAUGCUCUAAGGCAUGUGCGAUUUGUUCCUUUUAUGAAAAGGAAACUUAAAACAAA